UGAAAGGCGGUUGUGAAGGUACUGCCAUAAACAGAGCGCAGACUGCGCCUUUAAGUGCAAAUCGAAACAGUAAAGCAUUCGCGGUGUCAAUGUACUAACAAUGAAUUUAAUCGGUAUGGUCUUGAUUCAAUUCUUGCUGUUUAAUGGCAUAUGGACCAUUAAAGGUCAGCAUGGAAACCCUCUGAACAAGUACAUCCGCCACUAUGAGGGCCUGUCCUACGACACCGAGGCCCUGCACAGCAACCACCAGAGAGCCAAGAGGGCCGUCUCCCACGAGGACAAGGUCCUGCAGCUUGACUUCCAUGCACAUGGAAGGCAUUUCAAUCUGCGGAUGAAGAGGGACACCAGCCUGUUCUCUCCAGACCUCAAGGUAGAGAUAUCAGGAGUGGAGGUGCCCUACGACCCCUCCCACAUUUACACUGGAGAAAUCUUCGGUGAGAAGGGCACUUUGACCCACGGCUCGGUGGUGGACGGCAGGUUUGAAGGCUUCAUCCAGACCCACCAGGGCAUGUACUACGUGGAGCCCUCGGAGAGGUACCUCAGAGACAAGGAUGUGCCCUACCACUCAGUCAUCUACCACGAAGGGGACAUCAAUUACCCUCAUAAGUAUGGCUCAGAGGGGGGCUGUGCUGACCACUCAGUGUUUGAAAGGAUGAAGAAGUACCAGGCCUCGGCUAUGGAGGAGCCUCUCAAGGAGCCCAGCAGUGUGGUGGAGGAAGAGGAGAGGUCCCAUGGACAUGCUCCGGUGAUCCUGAGGAAGAAGAGAGCAGCUCAGAUAGAGAAGAACACCUGCCAGCUCUUCAUCCAGACUGACCACCUCUUCUUCAAGUACUACGGCACCAGAGAGGCUGUCAUCGCACAGAUCUCCAGCCAUGUCAAGGCCAUUGACUCUAUCUACCAGGGUACUGACUUCCUGGGGAUCCGCAACAUCAGCUUCAUGGUCAAAAGGAUCAGGAUAAACACGACCAGUGAUGAGCGGGACAUCACCAAUCCGUUCCGCUUCGCUAACAUCGGGGUGGAGAAGUUCCUGGAGCUCAACUCAGAGCAGAACCAUGAUGACUAUUGCCUGGCCUACGUCUUCAGUGACAGGGACUUUGACGACGGGGUGCUGGGCCUGGCCUGGGUCGGAGCUCCUGCAGGGAGCUCCGGAGGUAUCUGUGAGAAGAGUAAGUUGUACUCUGAUGGGAAGAAGAAGUCUCUGAACACCGGCAUCAUCACGGUGCAGAACUACGCCUCCCAUGUCCCCCCCAAGGUCUCCCACAUCACCUUCGCACAUGAGGUUGGACACAACUUUGGCUCUCCACAUGACUCUGGGACAGAGUGCACCCCAGGAGAGUCCAAGGCCCAGGAGAAGAAGGAGCAGGGGAACUACAUCAUGUACGCCCGGGCCACAUCAGGGGACAAGCUCAACAACAACAAGUUCUCUAUCUGCAGCGUGAGGAACAUCAGCCAGGUCCUGGAGAAGAAGAGGGGCAACUGCUUUGUGGAGUCUGGCCAGCCCAUCUGUGGUAAUGGUCUGGUGGAGGCAGGGGAGCAGUGUGACUGUGGUUACAGUGACCAGUGUAAAGACGAGUGCUGCUACAACGCCAACGAGGCCGACGGCAACAAGUGCAAACUUAAGCCCGGCAAAAUCUGUAGUCCCAGCCAGGGUCCGUGCUGUACACCGACGUGCAACUUCAAGGGCUCCAAUGAUAAGUGUAGGGAGGAGUCGGAGUGUGCUGAACAGGGCAUGUGUAACGGAGGCACUGCCCAGUGCCCCACCUCUGAACCCAAAGCCAACUUCACCGCCUGCCAUGGAGAGACACAAGUCUGCCUCAACGGGGGCUGCUCUGGCUCCAUCUGUGAGAAGUAUGGUCUGGAGGUGUGUACCUGUGCCAGUAUUGAGGGAACAGACGAGACUGAGCUGUGCCACGUCUGCUGUCAGGAGAGAAUGAAACCCGACACCUGCAGCAGCACGGGCUCCGAGAAGUGGGCCCGCUUCUUCAGCAAGAAGAUCACCACGCUGCAGCCAGGCUCCCCCUGCAACGACUUCAAGGGUUACUGCGACGUGUUCAUGAGGUGCCGGCUGGUGGACGCAGACGGCCCCCUGGCCAGGCUAAAGAAAGCCAUCUUCAACGCAGAGCUCUACGAGAACAUCGCAGAGUGGAUAGUGGCUCACUGGUGGGCAGUGUUGCUGAUGGGCAUUGCUCUCAUCAUGCUGAUGGCUGGUUUCAUCAAGAUCUGCAGUGUCCACACACCCAGCAGCAACCCCAAACUGCCCCCACCCAAGCCACUGCCAGGCACAUUGAAGAGGAGGAGACGGCAGCAAUCGAAUGGCCAGCAGCCCCAGCAGCAGCGCAACCAACGCCAGCCCAGAGAGAACUAUCAGUUGGGUCAGAUGAGACGUUGAGACACUGGGCCCCUCUUUGCCUUGGUUCUUCCUAGUGCCUACAGUGGGAACACUUCACUCCAAAGAGUUACCUGUACCAUUCAUUGCAACCACCCAUCUGCAAAACUAACUGUCAACAGAACUGAUUUCAAUAGACAAGACAUACAGUUCCAGGACCUAACGGACUAUAUCAACACCACUGCUCUGGGGGCCAGCUGAGCUGUCCUUCACACAGCUGUAAGCAGAGAAUAUUAUAGGGAAGCUCUUGGCAAUGACGGGAAGAGAAAAUGACUGAUUUCUGUUGUUCUUUUUUCUUUCUUUUUUCCUGGAGUGCAGAGGAGCAGCAGCAUUGUGGUAAUGCAGCCUCUCCUCUCCUCCUUUUUAGCGUGUUUCAUCUGUUUGUCCUUUCUGAAGUGCUGCCCUCCUGAGCAGGAAAACAGGACUGCAGGUCACAUGGGUUUUUGCUGCCAUGCAAAGCCAGGAUGUGAGACAUUGCAGCAGAAGAGACUAAUUUGCCAAUGUAAUUAUUAUUUUGUAAUCAAAACAUGAUAAGAGAAAAUGCACAGGCUUGUAUUUCCAAAGCAUACAUGUGUUCUUUCUGCGUGCAAUUGUACAGGUAUUGAGAUAUAGAUUAUUUUCCCUUUGUAUCAUAUGAAAUCGAUUGUUUUCCUGCUGUCUGAUAAAGAUUAUUUACUGUUUUAAUUCACUCUCUCAGGAUUAAUAAAACAAAAAACAGCCCUAUCUGUCACAUUUAGAAGCUGCUGUGGGGUGGAUCAGAACAGACCUCAGUUAUCAGAACAUGGAGGGGGAAUGUAAACAUAAAGCUGAAUGUGAUUAAAGCAGGGUAUAGAGAGGCGACAGAGAUUUAGAGACUGCUGUGAUAUUCAGAUGUGAUAUCGGAGGAUAUCAUUGGGCUGGUGGAAGGUGUCAUUUUCAGACAGGUUUGCUUCUAGAGGUGCAGUUUGGGGAUGCAACUGUAGCUUUUACAUUUUUUACUUAAUUAUGACAUAUUGUUCUCGUCAGCAAUUUUUUUCUGACUCAAUGCAUUGAUGUGAAUCACUGAACCACUAAAUACAGCAGAUGUACCUUGUCUAUUGAUCAUUCCAUGUGAGGGAUGGUUGGAGAAAGGAGAGAAUCUUCAAUGCAUUAGCAUACAAGGCUGUCCAAGGGCUGGCUGGUGCUACACCUCAUGACUAUGCCACUGAAUGUGGUUACAUCAUAUUCUUCAAGUCACAGGGCCUUGGCCAGAGCCUGCGAACACAGGCCAGGGUCCAUGGGGGGCAAUAUUACAGAGGGCAUCACAGACAGUCACUCGCCUAGCUCGGCUGCCCUCACCAAUGUUGUUACCUUAAUAAACACACAGUCUUUAAGAGCUGACCAGGGAACAACCGAAUGCCCUGUUACAUACCAGUUUGAAGGCAGCUUGAGGAAUCUUCUACUCUUAUGGCAUGCAUUAGGAAUGUGAAUGGUUUGCCAGAUGAAGAUCCUGGAUGGCUUUAAUGUGAUUGUUGUUGUUUUUUCUUUUUUUUCUUAUUUGAGCAAUUCAGAUAUUUGUAUAUGGGGGAAUUGUAUCGAUAAAGUCCUACAAUGGCUUAAUGUCUGAGUGUCCAGCUAUGCCAAGCUGUUACAUAUGAACUGAGAUUGAUAAGGCUACCAAAUGCCUGUAACUUCUCUCCCUUUGGCUAUCAUCUCCAUGUUGUGUCUCUCUCUCCUAUGAUGCGUAUCUGUGUUGCAUGUCCCGUCUCUCUCCCUAACCCCACAUCUCUAUUGGAAGUACGUAGCUCUGCUCUGGGGAUGAUCUCCACCAAAAGAGACCUAUAUGUCAUAGUCUGUGGUUUGUGUAAAGACAUAAAACAAUGUGUCUAAAUGGAGUUGAGUCUGAUUCUCCUGAGCCCAUUGCAACUCCACAGUCUGUCUGGAGGUCAGUGGGGUUUGGUGUCUUCAGGUGUCUUUUAGAAGGACAACUUGACUGACUGUAGGGAGAGGAGAGGAUGUGGGAUAAACGUACCAUCCUGUUUGUUGUCCUGUCUUUGUGUGGCAGGUGUGGAAAGUCUUUCGAAGCCCGUUACCAAGGUCUCUCAAAUCAGAAUGAGCACAUAGACUAGCACUCAAGGUCAGGAGGUAACCCUAAGUCCUUUUAUUUUUGAUGACUUUGUUUAUCCCGUUUAAAUGAUGUGACUAUAUUGAUAUUAUAUGACUGAUUCUGGCCCAUUAUGCCUUAUCAGGUAUGUAGACACUAGGCAGUGUGUCCUGGAGCUUAAUUAAAGUCAAGCAGGACUCUUCACAUAUUAAUGCCUUCAUUGUUUCCUCCCAAACCUGGUCAAUAUUGAAUGAGGAAAAAUGACUCUUAUCCAUGUAGCCACAUACAAUGUCAACAAGAGAGCCUCUGAAAUGGAGAAAAAAAACUGAUCCUCCCUUGACUCUAACAUGUCUUUCUCUGUUCUUUCUGUUUGGUAUUGGUGAGUAUGGGUUUGUGCUGGAUAAUAAAAUAUUGUUUCUCAUUACCUUUUGGCAUUUAGUAAGGCUCAUCGGAGUGUGGUCGUCUUAAAUUCAUUCUUCUCAUUGUCUUUUCAAUCCUGUUGUAAGGUAAUAGGUGGGUAUAUAGGGGGCGGUGCCUGGGAUUUACAUUUCUGUCUUUAAUUUGUCUUGCUACAUUUGUUUUGAGAAACGCUUGCUCUGAAAUGUAAACCGAGAGAAUCUAGAAUGGGAAAAGUCUAAUACUGCUGUCUGAUUUGAAUGUCUGCUGUGUUUUAAACAGUAUCUUCAAUUUUCUUUACGAUUUUAUUUUCUUGGUUCUGUUUCCCGUUCUACUCAAAUUUAAACAUUUUACUAAAAUUGCAAAAAGUAUUGUGCAAAUGUUGUUUUGUUUUUUUAACUACUUGAAAUGCUUUAAUAAAAAUAGACUUGAUCAAAAAAUAUUCAGAGAAUGGAAAAGAAUGGCUGAGAAGUCAUUCCAUGGUUGGUUUGUUCAUUGUCACUUUCAGUGGAUAAGCAAAACAGAAGGCCCACUUCAAAGAUAUCGCACAGCUUGACAGGGCUAUCGUCCAAGGAAAUCAAGCUCAUAAACUCAGAAUAAAAGAAAAGUUUUACAUCUCGCUAAAUCUGAGGGUGGUUUUAACCUCCCAGACUUGGAAUUGCAUCAACUCCCCACCCAAGGCUUUUACUUGAGACAUUGUUAAAUGCACUAAAAAGGAACAAUGGGUAAUUAUUGAAGAUGUGCAUGCUCACCCCCAGAAUCUUUUCACAUGUCUAUUUUUCAAAGGAUAAAGCUAAGAACAUGAACAACUUCAUUGUUAAGAACACUAUAACGAUAUGGAAGACAAUGAA